AUGAUGAAUUACAUAAAACGGCAAUUAUCUGUAAAGGAGCUUGAAAAUGAAUCAAAUGAUAUUACGAUGACUAGAUCAAUAUUAGAUGAUUCCCAUACGAAUAGUGUAUCUUGUCAAACAAAAUUAAUAUCACAUAUUGAUGGAUCAAAUCGUCCGAUUGAAAAUAUUUUAUACCCAGAUUCAUUUAUGAAUACUAUAAAAGAUUUCAAUCAAAAAAAUGCAAUAGGAUUCAUAUCAUCACCAACUACAUUGAAAGGAAAAUCAAAAAUAUUAUUGAUUAUCGAUGAUAAACAAAUCGAUUGGAGUAAAUAUUUCAAAAACAAAAAGAUUUUUGCUGAUUACGAUAUUCUUGUUGAACAGGCCCAAUUUCAAGAAAUAAAUCUAUCUGCUUAUUCUCACGGUGGCAUUUUGAUAAAUACCAAUGUUCUUCAGAAUGGAAAACAUAUUGUUCGAUCAUUUUGUCCAGAUUUCGUACUUGUACGUCAAUAUGUAAUUGACUAUAAUGUUGAUUGGAUGAAUAUCAUACUUGGAAUGCAAUAUGGAGCUGUACCAAGUAUUAAUUCGAUGAGAGCUUUAUAUAAUUUUCGAGAUAAACCUUGGAUUUUUGCAGAAUUACUUAAAAUUCAACAACGUUUAGGUGUUGAGCAAUUUCCAUUGAUAAGUCAAGUUUAUUAUCCAAAUCAUAGGAAAAUGUUUAUUUCACCACAAUAUCCAUCAAUUCUUAAAAUUGGUCGAACUCAUCAAGGUUUAGGAAAAAUUAAAAUUAAAGAUUCAGACGAUUAUCAUGAUUUAACAAGUCUUAUUUCAAUUAGUAAAUGUUAUUCAACAAUUGAACCAUAUAUUCAUGGACAAUAUGAUGUUUAUAUACAAAAGAUUGGAAACAAUUAUAAAGUUUUUAGUCGAAAAUCAUCAACUGAUCAUUGGAAAACAAAUAUUGGUUCAUCUAGUAUAAAACAAAUUGAUAUGACUGAAAGAUAUCAUUUAUGGAUUGAUGAAGUGAGUCAACUAUUUGGUGGACUUGACAUAUGUGUGAUUGAAGUUAUAAAAUCAACAAACGGAAAAGAAUAUAUUUAUCAAAUUAAGGAUUGUACAAUGGAAUUAUUAAAUGAAAUGCAGGAAGAAGAUUGUCGAGCUAUUGCUGAUCUCGUUAUACAUAAAAUGCAAAUCUAUUGUCGACCUGAUCAACAGCUAUCGAUUUUAACAAGAGUACCUAGUGUUGAUGAGCUAUCAAAACUUCCAAAAACUAAUAAAUGCUAUCAUAGUCAAAAUGAAAAUAUUCGACAAACAUCGAACUGUACUCAUGCUACCGAUGCAUUGACUAAUUUAAAAAAGAAAUUCUCGAAAAUUUUCCGUGAUAUGUAA